AUGCCAACCGGUGGAAUUCCAGCCAAGGCGCCGUCGAUGAGGGCAUUGACGGCAAGGUUGAAGCAGAUACAACUAUCGUUCAAUGACAUCUACCGGUUUACCCAAACAUUUUCUGAAUCCAACAACUUUACCGAGGUGGAGGUACGUAUUGGGAAACUGGACGAGCUAUGGGAGAGUUACAGUGAAACCAUGGUAGAGAUCUUUUCCCACGACGACUACAAUGCAGAGAAGACGUCACUUGAGAAGGAACGCAUCGAGUUCAGCGAUCGUUAUUAUGGGGUCAAGUCCUUUCUAAUGGACAAGAUCAAGGAGCUCCAGAAACCCCAAGCACUGGAGCAGUCCAUACGAGCAGGUGAAGGAUCAACAUCGGCCACCAUUGAUCAUGUGCGCCUACCACAGAUCAAGCUUCAUACCUUCAAUGGGAACAUUGACGAGUGGCUGAGUUUCCGCGACUUGUUCAUGUCGCUAAUCCACUGGAAGGCGGAACUACCAGAGGUGGAAAAACUUCAUUAUUUAAAGGGUUGCCUUCAAGGAGAAGCCAAGGCCCUAAUUGAACCACUCUCGAUCACAGCAGCCAAUUACCAGGUGGCAUGGGAUAUGCUGUUAAAACGCUACAAUAACAGCAAGCAACUGAGGAAGCGGCAGGUACAAGCUCUAUUCAAGUUACCCACACUUUCGAAGGAGUCCGGAGCUGACUUGCACAUCCUAGUGGAAGGUUUUGAACGGAUUGUGCAGACUCUCGACCAGGUCAUCCAACCGGUUGACUAUAAGGAUCUUCUGCUGGUGAACAUCCUCACAGCAAGAUUGGACCCGGUCACGCGUAGAGGGUGGGAGGAGGUAUCAUCAACAAAGGAGCAGGAUACUCUGGAAGAGCUAUGCGAUUUCCUUCGGCGUAGAAUCCAGGUUUUGGACAGCUUACCAACGAAAUCCAUCGACAUUAGGGGUGUCGGCCAGUCGCAGCAACAACCGAAGUCGAAACCACAACCCGUGAAGGUCAGCUACAAUUCUCAAGCGUCUAGGGGACGCUGCGUUGCCUGUUCUUCGGAUCACCUUCUCCAUCAGUGCAAUGAAUUCCAGGGGAUGGCAGUAUCGGACAGAGAUGGUCUCGUAAAAUCCAAUGGACUCUGUCGGAACUGCUUCAGGACAGGACAUAACGCCAAGGACUGUCAAUCAAAAUACUCCUGUAGGAACUGCAAGGGACGUCACCAUACUCUAGUAUGCUUCAAGCAGGGGAAGGAAAAGGAAACCAAGGUUGCUGCAGUUGCUGGGGGCAGCAAGUCGUUCACUUUUGCGGACCAACAGAAGUCAUCUAGCUCAUCCGAUACGCAAGUGGCUAACGUGGCAGCCACGGAAACUGCAGUGUCCGCUGCAGCUCACCAAAGACCUACUCAGGUGCUUUUGGCAACGGCAGUUGUGGUUCUCGAGGACGACGUUGGAAAUCGUCAUCCAGCUCGCGCUCUACUGGACUCGGGAUCCGAAAGCAAUCUCAUUACGGAGCGAUUGAGUCAACGGUUACAGGUUGCUCGAAAUCGGGUGGAUAUUUCGGUAGCCGGGAUUGGUCAAGCGGCUACAAGGGUUCGGCAAAGGAUUCGAGCGGUACUGCGGUCACGAAUUUCUGACUUCUCUCGUGAAUUGAACUAUCUGGUUCUUCCAAAGGUUACGGUAAAUCUUCCAACAGCCACCGUCAAUACGGAUACGUGGACUCUACCAAGUGGGAUUCAACUGGCGGAUCCUACAUUCUUCGAACCGAGCGUAGUGGAUCUCGUGCUAGGUAUCGAAUGCUUUUUCGACUUUUUCGAAACCGGACGGAGAAUUUUCCUGGGGGAACAUCUUCCAACCCUAAACGAAUCCGUGUUUGGAUGGAUAAUUAGUGGUGGCAUUUCAGAACCAAAUCGCUCUCUGCAUAUCAGUUGCAACAUAUCAUCACUAGUUGGCCUGGAUGAGUUAAUUUCCCGCUUCUGGUCCUGCGAGGAGGUUGAGUGA